GAAGGCUCUGCUAGCGGGGAGUCAUCAGCUAAGACUGAGACGCGUCCGCCCACCGAUGUUGCCGAGUCACAGCUGAGAUCACAGAGUUGGAGUGAGCCGAUUGCUACCAACUCCGGGAGCAGCUGCACUGAACAGGACCGUCCCUCUCACCCCUGCCAGGAGCAGCUUGGAGCAGCAAUUUUACCUCUCCUCACUCACCCUCAACGGAGCUCCAGCGGUACAGACGAAGGGUUAAGGGCUGAUCUCAAACUGAAUUUGAUUGCGGAGGAAGCCCUGUCUUUGGGACAUGCUUCUGAGGAGUCAUCCAUCCCGGAUACAGAGAGAAACUACCAGCAAGUCUUCCUGCCUUUCUCACCUCAGCAUCUGCCUACUUCACAACAAAUCCCAGUCGAGCGGCAAGCGAGCAGCAGUCAACAAGUCCAACCUGAGAGUAGCACAACAAAAACCAGGACAGCCGAAAGUGCAGCUGAGUUCCAAGACCAGAACCAGAGCAAAAUAGACGCUAUGUCUGUUGUGGGUGUGUAUGCAUGUGGCAGCAGUAGAGGCAACAGUAGAGGCAACAACAGAGUUCACUUCGCGGACACAGUAAAACAAGAAGAUAGCUCCUCUGUGGUUCUCAGGGACAUGUCGGUGUCGGCUAUGGACUGCGCCUCCUUACCUCCGCUGACUGUACAUGAGAGCUUGCACUAUCCCGUGGUUGAGGCCAGCUACAACUUCCCAGGUUUUCUCAGCUUGAAGAAGCCAGAAAUCCUCACAAAUGUAGCUCGUACCACGGAUGAACGAGUAAUACAGAGCUCAGCCGACUUUCCAAAGCCACAGAAAGAUGUCCAUUUGGAUGAAGGAGGUACAGGGACUAAAGAUACCAAGGAGAAGAUUAACAUCGAUCGGUCAGGUAACGACAACAAGGCAGACAUUGUGGAUUUACAGUCAGUGGGCGAGACCGGCUCAAAACGGCUCCAAUGUGCGACCGAGAAGAAUCACACUGGUGAACUUUCACAAACCGCAGGAAGUGCCACCUCUGAGGCUGAUUGUUUAACCGUUGAAGGGGUGUCAGCGAAGGUGAACCAGCACUCCGAGGCGGAAACGGAGAAGGGUGCUGUUCAUCUGGGUUUGUCGACUGAAAAAGAGAUGGAUGAGUUACAUGCUGAGCUUCAGGAGUCACCUUUCAAUAGUGAUGAAGGUAACCAACAUCCUUUCUCCUCAUGUUCUGUGCAUCCAGCUGAUGAUGUUACUUGCAAGCCUUUAAGUGAUGUCUCCAGUGAGUGCCCUGGUGAGCAGCUUUCUUCGGACCUUGAGUCCUGUUUAAAAACAGAAACCGUGACUAUGAUCUGCACAGCCUCUUUUAAAAAAAAGCCUUGUAUCCCCAGUUAUCAGCCUCCCACCCAAUUGGAUGAAACACCUCCUCGCAAACUGGUUAGCACAGAUGACGUGAAACCCACAAUUCACUCUGCCGAUCUGACAAAGGAUGAAUCAUCGACUUCAGAAGUGACGUCCUCUGCCCAGCCAAUUCAUGUUAUCGGGCAAUGUUGCAGUAACUCUUCUUUAGUGCUGCGGCCUCCUGGCCCAAUGUUGAGUCACUUGGAGUUCAUCACAGACUGUGAUAUCUCUUUUCCUGAGCACACAGAUAACUGCGGCGCUGAUGGUGACAGCACCAAAGUCGAGGGAGAGCUUGAUGGCAACAAGAGCAGGGAAAUGACACAAAUGUCUUUAGCACCGGAUCGAGAGCAUGGUGUUUUCAUCGUUGAAGUAGAUGAUGAGAUUAGUUCAAAACUGGAGGAUGGAAAUGAUAUUAUGGAAUCUGCUGCUAAAUUUGAGAAUUCUGCAAUUAACAAUGUGAAUAUUUCCUUUCCACAAGAGGAAACUCUGUCUCCUCCUCAGCCACCCAGUACAGGGGAUGUACUGGCAAAAGGUCGGUCUGAUAACGUCAUUCCUCUCUCUCACUAUGGCAUCAAACCUGGUAUUUUUGAAGCGUCUAUUAAGGAUGAUCUUGUUAAUGUCAGCUGCCUAUGCAGCUCAGACCUGUCGCCCAAAGAGGCUUAUGAUGACAUAAAUCAACCCGAUAUGAACGAGAAACUGGAAGAUCAGACCUCUGUGCUGUUUGCAGAGGAACAGAACAAAGUUGAGGAGGUGACAAUGGAUAAUCAAAAGGAAAUGGCAGACAGCAGCACGCUGCAGAGAGGAAAGACAGGCAAAACAGAACAACAGUGUAAUGGGCCAGAUAAGGAGGCUGUAGAGGAAAUUGCAGACCUGCAGCCACAACAUGAACAACAAAUUCAAAAGACUGAAUCAACAGUAAUGGAUAUUAAAGAGGAAGGAGGAAGUAAGAGUGGGAUUGCAUCUAAAAGCCAGACAGAAACGGCUUCCUUAUCUCCCGCGAAACCUGCAGUGUCACUCGAGCAUGGGCGAAAGACGAAGGUAGAGUCUGGUAUUGAACCUCACACUGUUUACGAUCUACGUUUGUCCCGAACGCCGACGGCAACACUGGAAUGCAGCUCCGACAGGGACAUGGCACCAGAUUUGAGUGCAGCUCUUGGCCAAUCACAGUCCACACCAGAGCCAAACUGUUUUGCUCAGCAACAGCAGUGGCGCCUGGGAUCCAGACAUCCCACAGAGGAAUUAUCAGGUAACUGUCUAGAGUGGGAAGAAAAGACAAACGGUCAGGUCAGGCAGAUCCAAGCACUGGUUUCAGGGGUAAAAGGGGUGGUAGAGGGAGGAGACAACUCUGUUUGCAGUUUGUGUCAGUCAGGAAAUGAGGUUGAGUUGACACGUGAUGACAGCAGUGGCAAUGAACGAGCAAUAGGUUUAGAGAAAGGAAAGACACAGGGAGCUCAGUCUGAAGCAGCGGUUGACAUGGUUUAUGAGCCGUCUCACCUUGCCAGUGAUUUUAGUGAGAGUGGAAAGGCAGCUGACAGAGUUACAGCUUGUUCUCAUGUAGGUGAGAUAAGACCCACAUUCGAGGUAGUUGGGUUAGAUACAGACCCUGAGGUUGCGAGUGAUCUGGUUUGUAAAGGUCAGCAACAAGGCAAUCUAUCAGCUGCCUGUCAAGACCAACUUGGAAAACCAGAGACCUCAAAGAACACUGCUGUAUCUGUCGAGUCGGCAUCACAGGAAUCUGAGACAUUACCUAUCCAGACGUGUGUUUCAUCAAAGUUCAGCACAGACAAUCAUGGCAUUCAUACAGCAGUUAUUGCAGGUGAUAACCAGGCAGUUCCUACAAACACAUUCAGUACUCUGGUUGGGCAAGCAGGAUCUUUUGAAAAGGAUUGCAGUGCUGCAACGGCUGUGAAAAGAAACAGUGGGGAAACUGAGGAGUGCGAAAUUCAGGAUACGGUGUGCGAACCUCUCGAGCUACAGAGCUACAAUAAACCGUCAGCCACAGAAAGCAGACCAGGAGAACACACACCCAUACAAGGCUCUGAUGUAGAGGAGAUCACAAAAGAAGAUAAAGCUGCUUUGGACAAAGAGAAAGCUAGCAGCCAGGGAAAGGGACAAAUUGAGAUAAAAGCGACAAGCAAUGAAGCAGUGACGAAGCAGGAGGUCAUCAAUCAAACUGGGAGUGCUAAAGACGGGGGCUCAUUUGAUCUUUUUAAGGCAUCAGAACAUUUCCACUGUGAAGGAAGAUCAGUUGGAAACUCUCCAGUUGAACAAGUGUCAGUGAACACAGAGGCUGCCGAUGUGUCAGAGGGUCCUGGUCCUGGACAAACGGACGGAAAACCAGAAACAAGCUGGAUACAAGCUCUAAAAGAAGCUGCGUACCUUCCAAAACAAGAGAGCUCAAGACCCCUCCGAUCUUUGGAGUCCCCUCAACUAGAGUUUCUUACUCCUACUGAAGAAAUAGCUGCCCCUCUGAGACAAGAGGAGCGCCGACCACCAGAUCAAGCAGUAGAGACGACAACAGAGAUACCACCUCUGAAUCUUGUGAAGAAGCCAGUGGAUCUUCCUGAACCUUUAAAGUCGACAGCAGAGCUCCUAGAAGAAGCCAAGAAAGUAGAGCUCAUAGAAGAAGCGAAGAAAGUAGAGCUCCUAGAAGAAGCCAAGAAAGUAGAGCUCCUAGAAGAAGCCAAGAAAGUAGAGCUCCUAGAAGAAGCGAAGAAAGUAGAGCUCAUAGAAGAAGCCAAGAAAGUAGAGCUCCUAGAAGAAGCCAAGAAAGUAGAGCUCAUAGAAGAAGCGAAGAAAGUAGAGCUCAUAGAAGAAGCCAAGAAAGUAGAGCUCCUAGAAGAAGCCAAGAAAGUAGAGCUCCUAGAAGAAGCCAAGAAAGUAGAGCCCCCAGAAGAAGCCAAGACAGUAGAGCUUCCAGAACUAACACAGAGCACAGCAGUAGAGCCCCCAGCAGAAGAAGUUAAGAAAGUAGAGCUUCCUCAAACAACCAAGAAAGAAGAAGAGCCUCCAGAAAGGGAGCCAGGAACUUCCUCAGAAGAAGCAAAACAGGCAGCUGAGCUCCUAGAACCAACAACCAGCCCAGAAGAGCUCCCAGAACCCACACAGACGUCAACAGAGCCCCGAGAACCAGAGAAGAGGCUGAGCGGUGAGCUGCCGGAGGAGCUAGGGGGAAGGCCUGUCGAGCUCCGACCUGAGGAGCAAUUUGAAGUACCAGCUGAGGAAACUGCAGAGACAGACACAGCCCAGGACCCUGCUGAGGAGCAACAGGACAGCGGGUCCUCCCUCGCUGAGCAGGCGGUGAGAGGCGACCGUGUCCCCGCCUCUCCCCCACCUCCUACUUCCGAAUACCACCUUGUGUCUGCCAUCCCUGCUCACCUUCAAGACACCACAGAAUUCCCAACUCCUCCUCCUCCUACACCCCCGGAGAGGCAGACUCCUGAAGCUCUACCAACCCCACCUGCAUCUCCCUGCUUUCCUCCUCCUCCUGUUCCAGCCCCCGCCUCCCCUCCUAUACCUCCUGCUUCCCAGUGUGAGGACCACUGCCCUGCUUCUGCCCCCUGCCCCCCUCCUUUAAGGAGUUCAGACUCUGAUGGAGCCUUUGAGACCCCUGAAGCCACAACCCCAGUGAAGACUGUUUCUCCUAUAGAUCCCCGAACCCAGCAACUAACGUCUGAUGACAAAGUAGAAGACACAUCAGUCAGUCCUCCUGCCUCUGAAUUGACUUCAGCGGAUUCCCUGUCCAUUGUUUUUGAUGAGAACAAGCCCAUUGCAGCCAGUGGCCAAUACGUUAUUGAGCAUGGUGGAGAAUCGACAAGUCACUCUCUGACCCGCUCACUCAGCUUCCAGGGGGCAGAACUAGAAAGUGCUAGUCUGUUGGACGGAUCCUCAGUGGGAGACUUCCAUCCACAUUCUGAAUCCUUCAGCGUUGGUACAGAGAGUGCUCCAGGGACACUCCGCCGGCCCAAGAAAGUCCAACCUGGGUCUGGGAAGAAGAAGCCUAUCACCAGACAGAACUCCAACCCAGAGAGUCCAAAGCCAGCCUCACCCAGUAGCACCCCGGAGAUCAAGAGGCGCGCAAAGCCUCGAACUGCCAGCCCUCUUCAGCCUCAGGAGGAAGCAGAGGGAGGAUCUGCCACCCCCAGCCCUGGUGGAACCCUCCGCAGGACCAGGAAGAGCCGAGUGGAGACUCCUCCUUCCCUGCCAGAGGAGACCAACUUCACCAGCCAAGAGGAGAGCCUUGUCCUCCCUGCCUUACCUUUGUGUCAGGAGGAGACCCCUCUUGCGAGUAGUCCAACAGUGAGAGACGAAUCCCCCAUUCCCCCCACUACGUCCUACAAAUGGGAUCCAGAGAAUUUUGAGGACAUCGAUCCUUUCAGUACUGGAGGUAGUAAAAUUGCCAAUUCUCCUGAUCUGAGUCGUAAAGGCCUCGUGUGUGUCCCCAUUGCUACUCCCCCAGAGAGUCCCCCUGUCCUUUCUGUAGAGACGGCUCCCCCAGCUCCUCUUCAAGAGCCAAUCACCAACCCUGAAGAGCAACCCAUAAUACCCAAGCGUCAGGCAGUAAGGCUGGAGUUUGACUACUCGGAGGAGGGCAGUGAGGCGUCACACCAGGCCUCUCUCCCACCCAAGAAAGUGGGCAAGAAGCCCGGCGCGAAGAUGCCUCUGAGGAAAUCAAAGGUGGGGCUGAAGAAGGCCCUUCAAGCGCAGACGGUGCAGCUGGACAACGAUCCUCCAGCAACUCACAAUGGCAACGAGGAGGAAAUCAGUGCUCCUGCAGUCUCUUACAAGUUUGAACCUGAAAAGUGGGAUGAUCCCAACUUCAAUCCAUUUACCUCGAAGAAAGACAUUCCCAACUCCCCCAAACUGUCCCAGCCGUCUUAUUCCUUUGAUACUAAAAACUGUGAUGACUCUGAAGACCCUUUCCAAUCCUCCAAUAAGAUGUCCAACUCCCCUCCGAAGGCCUCCGCCUCCUGCGAUCUGUCAUCCAAUGACUGUGACAAUGAAAAUGACAACGACAACAUUGGGGAACUCGAGGAUCAAAAUCAGAACAAAGCUGGCAAGAAGAAGAAAACUCCUAUCAAAUCUAAUACUUUCAGAGUGAAAAAGUCACCAAAGAAAUCCCCAUUGUCUGACCCAUCCCAGGAUCUUACACUUGCAGAUGAAACUCCCUCCCUCCGCCCACAGGACGACCACGCCACAGACGAGGAGAAGCUGGCCUCCUCCACCAGCCACAAGUGGGCCGCCCUGCACGACAUGGACGCAGAUUUGACCUCUGACCAGCAAGACUUCCCUCAGCCAUGCGACCUUACUUCCUUUGUUAAUGAGAACAGUCUUACUCACCCGACUCCAGUACAAGACUAUGAAAUCGAGUACAUGGAGAAGCUUGGCUCAGCGUCGCCUCCACUGUCGGUGAAGAAGCCGUCUUUGUACUUGAAGUUGGACUCAGUAUCCGACAGCUUAACCAAGAAUACGUGUGCAAAUGUAUCUGAGCCCAGCUCCCCCUGCACAGGGAGUUUUGAGGAGAUGGAGGCCCAGAUAACAGCGGGUAUGAAGACACCAGUGCUGAGCUCCCGGCCCGGUCCCGAGGGCUGCGCUGCAGACAAGGGCCGGAAGAGAGAGAGCGAGUCACUCAGCCGAACACAGAGCACAGAGAGGAAUGAGCAGUACCCUUACCAGGGCCUUGUGGAGGCCCCUGCUCCAGUCCCGGCCAUGCCUCUAUUAGACAGACUGUCUGAGUGUGACGACCUCCUGCAGUACCUGGAGCCUGACCUGGCUGAGACCAACCCCACCGCAUUCGCCCAAAAACUACAGGAGGAGCUGGUACUUGCUGCCCUGAGGAUAGAGGCUCUGCAGGUAGCCAAACACAUCUCUCAGUGCCCCUCCUUCUCCACUGUAACUCCCCAGCACAGGGACGUGUCUUCUCCAGUAGAGAGUGGCGUGUCCAAGAACUCGCUGUACGCCAGGACCACCACCAGCUACAUCGAAGGGGAGACUCCCCACCUGCCCAGAGAACUGGACCACUCGCUGGGAAUUGCACGAGAGGAGAUCGUGACAAAGGAGAAAGAAGUGCUGGAGUGGCAGAGGAAGUAUGAAGAUAGCCGACAGGAAGUGCUGGAGAUGAGGAGGAUUGUUGCUGAGUAUGAGAAGACGAUUGCACAGAUGAUAGAGGAUGACCAGAAAGAGAAGUCUCUCUCCCACCACACCAUCCAGCAGCUCAUCAUGGAGAAGGACCAGGCCUUGUCCGACCUCAACUCCGUGGAAAAGUCUCUGGCCGACCUCUUCCGACGUUACGAGAAGAUGAAAGAUGUACUCGAGGGCUUCCGCAAGAAUGAAGAGGUUCUGAAGAAAUGCGCUCAGGAGUAUCUGUCCAGGGUCCGCAAGGAGGAACAGCGCUACCAAGCUCUGAAGAUUCACGCAGAGGAGAAACUAGACAAGGCCAAUGCGGACAUCGCUCAUGUGCGGGUCAAGUCCAAGCAGGAGCAGGCCGCCCACCACGCCGGUCUGAGGAAGGAGCAGAUGAAGGUGGAAUCUCUGGAGCGCACUUUGGAGCAAAAGAAUAAAGAGAUCGAGGAGUUGACAAAGAUCUGUGAUGAGCUGAUCGCCAAGAUGGGGAGGAGUUAGCGACCACACCACGCCCAGUCCAGAUCUCACAGAGAAGAGGAUCGGUUUUGGGAAUACGCAAAAGAUUAUGUUAUACCCUUCGAAGGACUGAUGGACAUUUAAGGACAAAAAAUGGUCUUGGGGUUACAUUUUCGACGGACUUUGUGCAAACAGGAUCCACAGGAAUGACUUCCCCUGAAUCACUCUGUACAUUUUUUUAAUGUGUCAGUGUAUCAUACUGUAUCAGGGGUCUGGUUUAAAGUUUUAAGAAAAUGUAUCAUAUCACUAAUGAGUGUGUGUGUGUGUGCGUGUGUGAUAAUGGGAAAGCGAGAGCAUGUGGGUCACAUGAUUGAAAACGAUGUUGCCAUGACAGUCGCUGAGGAAGAAGACUGUUUACCCGUUCCUGCUGUUGUCUCCUCUUGAUACAAGAGAAAAGAUACGACUUUGAAAAAGAGUAAAAGAGAUUUAGAUUAAUUUAUAAAAUUAUUCAUACACCACUGAGAGUACACCAACUAUCACAAUGGCCUAAUGCAUGAGGAAGAGAAAGGAGAACUGUUAUCUGUUUGUAUAUACUGGAGGAAAUUCCAAGUUUGAAAAAGAUUCAUCUGCAUUUUUUAUGGUUAUUCUGUCAUCUUCGGCACGCUUUCCUCAUGUAACCUUGUAGAUAUUUGUCAUACUUGUCAUAGCUUUCUCGAUGAAAUUGUGCGACUAUUUUUUGGGAUUUUAUUUUGAUAUAAAGCAAACUAAUUGUGUCCUAAUUCAGUCAUGACAGGAGUAAUUUAAUUGUGGAUGGAUAUGUCCUAGUUCUGCUGUGGUCGUUGUGUCACACUGAGGAAUAACUCUUCUGCACAGCUGCUGUACAGCAUCUGCUUACAAAGUGCAAUAAAAGAUGGCAAUACAGCA